AUGUGCUUACUGACGCCCGCACGUGAGUCAGCGAUUCACCAUUGGCUCCACGUCACUUCCUCAUUCAACAUGGCGGCCAAAACGUUCCAAUUUGGACGGAUUGUUCUCCAGCCUUCAGUGGUGUUUUUCCACUCCAAAUUAUCAUUUGCUUUUGUGAACAGAAAGCCAGUCCUCCCUGGACAUGUUCUUGUGUCUCCUAUUCGCGUUGUAAAGAGAUUUUGUGACUUAACAGAGGAAGAAGUCAUGGACUUGUUCGUUAGCACGCAGAAAAUUGCUCGUGUUAUUGAGAAAGAGUAUGGGGCGACCUCACUCUCGAUAGCGAUCCAAGAUGGACCCGAAGCAGGACAAACAGUGGAACAUGUUCAUGUCCACUUGUUACCAAGGAAGAAAGGAGAUUUUGAAAGCAAUGACGAUGUUUACAAAGCGCUCGAUGAACAUGACAAACAACAAAUUGAGUCAAAGGGGGUUGAAUUUAGGACUGAAGAUGAUAUGUCUAAAGAGGCAACAAAUUUAGCUUGUCUUUUUUCUACAGGGCUAUGACCAAGUGUUAAUUUAAAUGAUAAGAAAUGAGUGCCUUCACGAUUAGGCCAGGAACUUGUGUAGUCAAGACGAUUCGCUAACUUUCUCUGGUCCAGCUGUUCUGCCUAUACGCUUAGCGUGUUUUUGUCAUUAGCUACUACUGUUACGAACUCAAUCUAUGAUUUCUACGAGUGGAUGGUCAACAGCUGCUAUUUGAGAAAUGGAAUUAAAUGUGUUGGAUCUGA